CGGGGCAGUUCGCUGCUGGCUCCGCUCGGGGCGAGGCUGAGGGCCCCGUUCCGCUCUGCCUCCGCCGCUCCGCUCUACGAUGUGGUGGUGUCGGGCGGGGGCAUGGUCGGGAGCGCCAUGGCCGCCGUGUUGGAAUGUUCCUCUGGCAGCGUGUUUUCUUUCAGACGAUGAUCAAUUUUUCCACUUUUUCCAGACACUGUUCAUUCUUCAGAGGGCAUGAUAUCCACUUCCAUGAUAAGAAGAUUGCAUUGCUGGAGGCCGGUCCUAGGAAAGAAUACGAUCGCAUGCCAGACAAUUUCAGUAACAGGGUCAGUUCCAUCUCCCCAGGAUCAGCAACCCUCCUGAGCAGGUUUGGUGCCUGGGAUCAUGUCUGCAGCCUGAGACUCAAACCAUUCCGGCGAAUGCAGGUAUGGGAUGCUUGUUCAGAAGCCAUGAUCGUUUUUGAGAAAGAUGACUUAGAUGACAUGGGUUACAUAGUGGAGAAUGAUGUCAUUAUGUCUGCUCUCACAAAACAGUUAGAUGCAGUAGCAGACCGGGUGGAGGUUUUCUACGGGAGCAGAGCAGUCGGUUAUACGUGGCCUCUUCCCUCUCACAGCUGUGACACAAGCCCUUGGGUUCAAAUUGAGUUAGCUGAUGGACACAGACUUCAGACCAAACUACUGAUUGGUGCGGAUGGUCAUAACUCUGUUGUCCGGAAGGAAGCUGAAAUUAAGAACAUUGAGCAUCAGUAUGACCAGUCAGCUGUGGUAGCAACUCUUCAUUUGUCUGAGGCCACAGACAAUAAUGUAGCAUGGCAGAGGUUCCUUCCCACAGGGCCAAUUGCGCUGCUUCCGCUGUCUGACACUGUCAGCUCUCUGGUCUGGUCUACAUCUCAUGAACAUGCACUGGAACUUCUCACUAUGGAUGAGGAAAGUUUUGUGGAUAGCAUCAACUCUGCUUUUUGGAGCAAUGCAAACCACUCUGACUUCAUUGAUACUGCUGGGGCCAUGUUUCGGUCUGCUAUUUCACUCCUGAAACCCUCAGGGAGUGCAGUCCGUCAGCUGCCUCCAAGCAUUGCUAGAGUAGAUCCUGAGAGCCGAGCCAUGUUCCCUCUUGGAAUGGGGCACGCGACAGAGUAUGUCCAGCACCGAGUGGCUCUCAUCGGGGAUGCAGCACACAGAGUCCACCCACUUGCAGGACAAGGUGUAAACCUGGGCUUUGGUGAUAUUUCAUGUUUAGCCCAUCACCUCAGUGCAGCAGCCUUCAAUGGGAGCGAUCUGGGCUCCUUAAAACAUCUCUUAAAAUUUGAGACAGAACGUCAGAGGCACAACGUCUCCUUGAUAACUGCUAUCGAUAUGCUAAAGAGGCUUUACUCCACCAAGCUGGCUCCCUUGGUGUUGCUGAGGACAUGGGGAUUGCAAGCAACAAAUGCCCUGCCUCCCGUCAAAGAGCAAAUCAUGGCUUUUGCCAGCAAGUGAUCUGUUGUCAGUUUGGAACAGCAGCUUGCCAGUGAAUGUCUUGCUCUUACAAGGACUGUGACUGACUUCGAGAUAUGAAUUGUGUUAUUUAAAUUUAACAAUAAAACAUGGAUUGAGCUGUGUAUUAUAUCAUCCAUUGUUUAUCAAAAAGUUCUGUCUCAUCCGCUCUCCUCAAGAGGAUUGAGGGUCUCUUCCUGUAUUACGAUGUCUUCAGCCACAGAACUGUACGUACAAUGUGCUUUUAAUUUGGGCCUUUUGGAUUGAAGAGUGAGCAGGAAACAGCUGUCUGUCUUUUGGCAAAUUUGGUGCUGAAUUUGGCCAGCUGCAACUUCUGCUGCUUAA